AUGCCAAUCUAUUCAAUCUCUCACGUUGAAAAUGUCCGGGUCUGUGUGGUGAUGGUUGGGUUACCAGCUCGGGGUAAAUCCUUAAUUGCUCAAAAAAUCGUCAGGUAUCUUUCUUGGUUAUCUAUAAAAUCGAAAUGUUUCAACGUUGGUAAUUAUAGACGGUUAAUUGCCACUGAUUCUCCAAUAACGGCUGAAUUUUUCGAUCCUCAAAAUCAAGAUGGUUUGGAAGUAAGACAAGAAGCCGUUGAUCGAGCUAUUCAGGAUAUGAUGAAAUGGUUUUCUGAUGAAAAUGGAGUUGUUGGUAUACUUGAUGCAACUAAUUCAACUCGUGAAAGACGACAAGCAAUUUUAAGAUUAUGUCGUGAAAAUUUAAUUGAACCAAUUUUCUUGGAAAGUUGGUGUAAUGAUUAUGAAUUAAUACUACAAAAUAUCGCUGAUGUUAAAACAACUUCCCCAGAUUAUCAAAAUAAAGAUCUGGAUUUUGCAACUCAAGAUUUCUUACAAAGAAUAAAAUAUUAUGAACAAUAUUAUGAAACAAUGGAUGUUUCCACUGAUCCUGAUUUAACUUUUAUUAAAUUAGUAAACGUUAAUUCGCAAAUAAUUUUAAAUCGUAUUGAAAGUUACUUAGAAAGUCGUAUUGUUUAUUAUGUUAUGAAUUUACAUAUCAAACCUCGUUCAAUUUGGUUAUCUCGUCAUGGUGAAUCAGAAUAUAAUUUAACCGGUCAAAUUGGUGGUGAUGCUAAUUUAUCUGAACGUGGUUGGAGAUAUGCUAAAAAACUUCCUGAUUUAGUUUUAAAAUCUUUAGGUGAAGAAAAUAAACAUACUAAUUUAACUGUUUGGACUUCGACUUUGAAAAGAACUCAACAAACUGCUUCUUUUCUUCCUUAUAAUAGAAAGCUUCAAUGGAAAGCUCUUGAUGAAUUAGAUGCUGGUGAAUGUGAUGGAAUGACUUAUGAAGAAAUUGAACAAAAAUUUCCUGAUGAUUUCAAAGCUAGAGAUGAUAAUAAAUAUGAGUAUCGUUAUAGAGGUGGUGAAUCUUAUAGAGAUAUUGUUAUUCGUUUAGAACCAAUUAUAAUGGAAUUAGAACGUCAAGAAAAUAUUUUAAUUAUUACUCAUCAAGCAGUUUUACGAUGUCUUUAUGCUUAUUUCAUGAAUGUUCCCCAAGAAGAAAGUCCAUGGAUGUCUAUACCUUUACAUACCUUGAUCAAAUUAGAACCAAGAGCUUAUCUGACAUUGGUGAGCCGUAUUAAAGCAGAUAUUCCAGCAGUGAGUACUUAUAAAGAAAAGGGUACAUCACAAUUGGGUGAACAAAAAGAUGGUAAUUAUCUGAAAAGUAGGGAUUUAAUUAAUGAUAGUGAAAUGCAUAAAUUAGAAAAUCAAGCAAAAUAA